AGAAAUUACAGUAAGUGUCAAGUCUGAGGUCCAAUGUCAAAAAUUGUGUUAGUCAAACAAAAGCAUUCAAGUCAGAUGAAGUCGAUUGGCGAUUACAAUAUUCCGUGCUUUGAUUGCUCCAUUGUUGUUGGACGUUGUUGGUCGGUGGAGGACGGAACGGCUUUGUGAUAUGGAGUGAAAGUCGAAGUUCAAAUCCAGAUCGUGGUUUAUGUAAAUGUACCUACAUUCAUUAAGUGAACAUACUAAUCGUGUAUGCUUGUUGUUUGAGACAUUAUGACGUAUCUAGUUUACAUGACUGUAUUCAUGCUUUAUUAUAGUGAUAAAGCGUAAGACUGUAAUUCUGUGUUAGUAGUUCCCGGUUAUCGGUUUGUACAUGUGGUGCUGUGUGUAUCGUAUUCGCGACUGCAACGAUAAUAUUGACAUUUUUAUGUAAAAAAAUUGGAUGACAAUGUAUCGGUGGAAUAUAUUGGCUCUAUUAUUAAUAGCUCCUAGUUUAAUCAACUGUGCAGUAAUAGUUAACGAUGGUGACAUUGAUGAACAAGGAUUAUACAGUAAGUCUGAUCAUGUCGUUAUCUUGACCCAGCGCAAUUUUGAAAGGAGGGUUUAUGGUCAGAGCCAUGCAGCUGUAGUUCAAUUCUAUAAUAGUUAUUGUGGGCAUUGCAGAGCUUUCGCCCCUAAAUUUAAAUCACUGGCAGCAGAAAUUGUUCCUUGGCGAAAUAUAAUUCAACUAAAAGUAAUAGACUGCUCUGUUGAAGAAAAUAAUGAAAUAUGUAGAGAAUUUGAAGUAAUGGCUUAUCCUUCCAUAAGAUAUAUUCAUGAGCAUUAUGUAAAAGGUAAUGGGAAUGUUGGUGAUAGAAUCAUAAUGACUGAUACUGCAGAGAAACUAAAAGCACAGUUGAUAAACAAGAUGCAUACAGAACAAUCAAUGGGUCGUUUAGCCUUUGCCCCUAAAUUUGAUAUCACUUCUUAUGCCACUUAUGCUGCUGCACUUAGUGGAGUACCAUUUGACACAAGUUAUACAUUUCUUGUUUUUGAAAAUGAAAAUUCAACUAUUGGGUCUGAACUUGCAUUAGACAUCAAUGAUUAUAAACAAGUUAUAGUAAAAAGAGUAUAUGACACUUCUGAGUUGGCAGUUGUAGCUGGGUUGACACAUUUCCCAGGCCUUGUGGCAGUUCAUUCAACUUUAGACACCACCAAUUUAACACCAAAAAAUACAGCAAAACAAAACCUCCUCAGAGCUGUAAAUACAUAUCUGAAGUCCAAACAUUACACAUUCCCUGUUAGAGAUAUUGCUGAUCAAGAUGUGCUUCCAUAUGAACAUUCUGAUGAAAAUAAUCAACGCACCUCUGAUUCAGACACUGUUUACUAUAGUGACUUGGAAAAAACUCUAAAAACAAGUUUACACACUGAAAUCACUCGACAUAAAAGUUUAUCAGGUGAAGCACUGAAUGCUUUAUUGAAUUAUUUAGAUGUUUUAAGGACAACAUUCCCUUUCAAAAAUAAUAAUUUAAAAGACUACAUUGAAGAUUUGUACAACACUCUUCAGUCCAGGAAUCAAUGGAGUGGUAGCGAUAUAUAUGAUUUAGUGAAGAGAUUAGAGACAGCCCAUGCCCCCAUAUUUAAUACGCAAUUAGAGUAUAUUGGUUGCAAAGGAAGUCAAUCUAAAUAUAGAGGAUAUACAUGUGGGCUGUGGACUUUGUUUCACACAUUGACAGUUAAUGCAGCACAAAAAUCUGGCACCAAAGGUCCUAAAGUACUGGCAGCUAUGCAUGGUUAUGUAAAACAUUUCUUUGGAUGUACAGAAUGUUCAGAGCAUUUUCAAGCCAUGGCUGCAAGAAAUAGGCUAUUUGAUGUAAAAGAAAAUGACAAAGCUGUCCUCUGGUUGUGGAUUUCACACAAUGAAGUCAAUUUAAGGUUAGCAGGAGACAUAACAGAAGAUCCAGAACAUCCAAAGAUUCAAUUUCCAAGUGUAUCAAAAUGUCCUGAAUGUAGACUGGCACGAGGAGCUUGGAACCUUCCAGCUGUAUACCAAUACUUGCAGAACUUGUAUGGUGCAGCAAGCAUUCAAGAAUACAGGAGAGCACGUUCAGCAGCAUCUGCCCCGAGUCCAUUCUCCAACCUCGACAUUGGAAUGUUAAGCCUCCUGUACAUAUUAUCUUUUCUUAUUCUUAUUCUAGUCAUUAAGUAUUUCUUUACAAAACGAUUUUACAGAAAACGUCAUUAUAAGCAUGGAAUGGGUAAAGUAUGAGUACAUUUUAUACAAUAACAGUCUUAUUAGCAUAAUUUGUACGUCCUCUGGGUUGAAAAUCCAUUUAUUUAUAUUUGUGGUCUAUGGUAUAAACACAUUAAUUAUGGUGACAGAGAAACCUAACUGUUGUAUUGGAUGUAUCUUAUCUUCCAUUGUGAUAUGUGUGAUACAAUUUUUAAUUUAUUUCUACCAUUUGUAAUUCAUGGAAAUUAUGAAACACACUAUGAUUAAACGUAUGACGUAAACAUCAAAUAUCCAUUUUAAAUUUCUCAGUGCCAAAAAUUUUUACUCUUGCUGGACAGAUGUUUACCAUUUUAAUUAAAAUUUAUAACCAUGUACCACAAAAGCAACUGCUUUAAAAUAACUGUGUUGAACUGCCAUAAAGUACAGAUUUUUUAUUAAGAUCAUUUGUUAAUUUUUUUUUAAACUGAAGUGUGUAUUAAUACGCCAUUCCUAUAAAUACUCAAUUUCCCCAAAACAACAAAAUCUGUAUGACUUGGUGGCAGCAGCUGGAUUCAUUUAUUUUCAUCAUGGGUUUAAACUUUAUUUUCAACUUUUGCCAUUAAGCAUAACUUUCAUUAUUAAUUAAAAUAACACAGUGUAAGUAACAGAGCAGCUGAAAAAUCAACCAUAAACUCCUUGUGCACAUAAUUAAACUCACAUACCAAUUCCUUAUGAUUUGUAAUAAUGUGUUCUUGCAUAAAUAAAAACAGGAAUUCUCAAAUUAUCUAAUUUAAUAAUAACAUAGUAUGUUUCUUUUAACAUAAUUAAUAAGCAUAACGGCCUGUGCAGAUGAAAGACUUCAAUCAUCAGUGGACUUUUUUUGUCCGCCAAAAUAGAUCCUUUACAACACGCUUACAACGGAUUGAAAGUACCGCAUACAAACACCGAAACAUUGGACAAGUAAAAGAACACGAGAGUCCCUGAAUAAAAAAAAUAGAACUCAUUUUACUAGGCAUAGCAACUCAGCAAGCGUACUAUGAUCCGAGUUCCGGGCUCUGUCAAAUUUUAAGGAAUGGACCCAGUAUUCUCUUUUAGGAUGUCUUCUCCUUUUCUUAAACUUCAAGUUAAUUAAACAACGUUAUUUCAGAUAUUUGCUUCCGUAGAGUGCACUCUUCUAAAAUUUCGGGCAGCAAAUGUUCACACCAUGUGCGUUGAGUUCGUGGCAAGUCCUCGGCGGACAUUCUUUUAGGAUUGAACUUUUUUCCUCCGCUGACUAAAAUCUCUCUUCUGCACAGGCCAUACGAAAAAUUUGUGAAUACAUGUUCUCAGAUUACAUUGUGUUGUAAUUACCAUGAAGUUAAGAAAAAGAGAAAACGUUUUAAAUGAUAAUACUGUGGCCAUCUCUUUACAUCGGAUCGAGCGUGGAACGUACGCGAACUUAAGUUCGUUAUGUGUGUUACUGCGCCUAGUCAUACGAGUUAUAUUUUUACGGGGACACCUCCCUACUUGUGUCCAGUCCGGACUCUAAACCCUUUAUGCAUAAACGAAGACUACGCUUGGAUUAGUUUCUCUAUGUUUUGUCUCUGUCUAUGGAAUGACAAAUGGCAUUUGAGUGACAAGAACAAAACACGGCGUAACUAGUUUAAGCUUAUUCCUUCUUUAUUAAUAAGGGAAUAAAAGUAUGUCAUCUGCGCAAGCCAUCAUUUAUACAAAAUGGUAUAAAAUAGUUAUACCAUUUAGUGUAAUAGAAUAAAGCUUUCAGAAAAAAAAAGUUCAAGUCACAGUGCAAACAUAAAAAUCGUGAUUUUUGAUAAUAAUGGAACUUAUGUUUUAAUGUCAGAAUUCGGCCUGUAUCACGGUAUACACAUAUAUUUAAGCUUCACCGUUAUUAAUUCAAAAUACGUAAACGCUGUAAUUUUUGUGUUUUUCGCUCAGAAUAUAUCGCACUUUCGCGACGGUAACACGGUCAUGACCAGGAUUUUAUGUGGAAUAUGGUUUUGUAACCGAAUUCAAUCAACAAUUCGCAACAAAAGUAUCGUCGCACGAUAUUAAUAAAUUGUCACACGUGUUCAACUUUCAUUAUGUCAGGCAUACGAUUGUUGGAUGGUGGGAAUGUGCUUAAUUUUGCCUUAUAAAAAAUAGUAAUUGAUCGAAAAAGAAAUAUACAUUAAUAAAUUUUCGUAAACGUUAAUACGGCUAUUACUUACAUAGUCAAAUUACUAAAACUUAUCUUGUAGCUUUCUCAUUAUAAUUUAAAUAAAGUCAAAGUGCUUUUUUUAUGGUAAAAAGGUUUAUUUAUAAUCUUAAAGAUCAAAGAGAAAAUGUCAAGUACAUUUUCUCUUUACAAGCGACUAAUCAACUCUACGAUAAACUUCCUCAUUUCAUAUCAUAAUAAUUUUGUUCGUACUAGUCCUCUUUCAAAUAAAAUCUACAUUUUAGAUACAGGUCUCCAAUUUUUAUCAAAACUUAAAUUAUUUUGUUUGGGUACAAUUCGCGCAUUUUCCUGUGCUGUGUCAGUGUGUUGCGGUCAAUUCAAUACCUUAAAUUAAGUGCACUGCAAUUAUGAACCGUAACCCCAGCGUGAACUUUGAUAAAUUCGUAUUGCCAACGGUAAAGUUUCUAUAGAAACUAAGGACCGCCCCUACCGGACGUAAGAACAAACUAGCUUUUUCCAUAAAAGCUUUGAAGUUGGCGAUAUGAAUACGGAUCUGUCAAAGUCGUACUUGGGGUACCUACUGAAUAUGUAGUUUUAAACUUUCGAUUAUGUUUUCUCCCUCAUAUUGUGAAUUCGAAGGACAAUUUAAUCAGACGUCUAAAACAUCUCACCAUAUUAUUUUCAUCUUUAGUACCUACAGUAACCUACCUUAACUCAUAAAUAGUACUACUUAUUUUUAAUAAGUACCUAUUGAAAUUUGAAAAUCUCUCAUCAAUCAAAACAGACUAAACAAAAUCUUUUAUUGUCAAUUUAGCAUAACUGUUAUUAUUUUUAUAGUUUACUAGCUGCCCCAGCGAACUUCGUACCGCCAUAAAAAAAUAGGGGUUGGUGGUAGAAGGGUAAAAAUUUAUGGUUGUAUGUAUUUUUGUAUGAUAUCAUAAAAAAAUAAAAACAUAAAAUUUUGUUGAAAAAUAAAUUUAAGGGUGGGACCACCCUAAACAUUUAGGGGGAUUUAAAAAUAGAUGUCCGAUUCUCAGACCUACUGAAUAUGCAUAUAAAAUUUCACGAAAAUCGGUCGAGCCGUUUCGGAGUAGUUCAAUUACGCAUACCGUGACACGAAAAUUUUGUAUAUUAGAUUUAACUAAACUCAUAUUAAAUAGACAGCUAGGUAGGAUAAUCGUUGAAUAGGUAUGUCGACUCAUGCAGUCAAGUAACGAAUGACACACAACACAAAUCAAACAAAUUAAUACUCUAUUGUUUUUACCUGUUUGUGAAAUUAUCAAAGGAAAAUAUAAGCAUAAUGGUAUUAAAUAAAACACAUGUGUACGGCACUGUUCAUAAAGCGAGACAGUAAUUUAUUUUGUAAAGCAAUGUUCCAGAUCCUAUUAAAGUUCCGUAUUUUCAUUUUCUAAAAUGCGCGUCCAUAUUAUAUAACUUACAUGUUUUAUAAAAACACUUCGACAUCUUACAUCUUUUAUUCACACUUGUAUAGCAUGUUAAAAAUCAUUGUUCCUUAUAUGAACAAUGUUUUACCUACACAACAUUUUUUUCAUAUAGUCUGGAGAUACUCCGUAAAGUAAUUAAUCCUGCUAGUCCAGUCAAAUUACGGAAUCAAAUAAACAUGAGCGAACACAGUUUGGGGAUUUUGAGGAUCGUUAGGGGGGUGCAUCCUGAGCUUAAGUUCCAAUUUGAGGGGCUGUACUGAGGUCAGCUCAAGGUCAUUUCGAUGCAAACGCGUUUAAUUCGAUAUCUCGAGAAAUAUCAGUGUUAGCCAAAAAAUUAUAGAAACCUUUUUUCUUCUAAAUGAAAUUUAUUAACUUUUUUAUUUAAAACUUUUUUUUGUAACAUCAAUAUUUUUUAAGUUAUUACUCCCGCAAGGCAAAAAUUUCAUUUUUUCCCCUAUUUUUCGUCGUUUUCUCCCCAAACAUUCAAUUUUAUUGAAUUUUACCGAUCAUCAACGUGUAUAUCUUUUAAUUAUGCACAAUUUUGUUCUUAAACUUUUUUCUGUAACUUCAAUACCUUCGGAGUUAU